GUGAAAUACACUUUCGAAGGCCCAGACAUGGUAGAGAGAUCCCACAGCACGGUGAUCAGUGCAAUGACUAUUGCGGCUGCAAGGGGACGUCCUGUUGACGGCAUAAAGGGACCAUCAGCCUGUGCUAAGCUGCGCUCACUGGACUUGGUGUGGGGUUUCCCCCCAGAUUAUUUGCAUUGUGUUCUGGAAGGCGUAGUUUCACAACUGAUGGAUCUUUGGUUGUGUUCAACUGGACAGCGGUGGUAUAUUGGAAACAGGCUCAAAGAGCUCGAUGAGCAAAUCGUAAAGAUUCGCCCUUCAAUCUCUUUCACAAGGCUUCCCAGACCACUUUCAGAACGAUCAUUUUGGAAAGCCACUGAAUGGAAAUACUGGCUUCUGUAUUAUGGAGUGCCGACCCUCCAAAAUCUUCUUCCGCAAAGAUACCUAACACAUUUUUCUCUUCUUUCUCAAAGUGUGUUUAUGCUGUUGAAGACGACUAUUCAAGAGUGCGAGAUUAUCCUCGCUGAAAGAUUACUCAAGCAGUUUGUAGAAGAAGUUGCUACACUGUAUGGUGAAAAUCACCUAACAUUUAACAUUCACCAGCUUGUUCACCUCGCUAAAUCAGUGCGAAUGACCGGACCGUUGUGGGUCACUUCUACAUUUCCUUUCGAAGGGGGCAAUGGUGAAAUUUUAAAGCUUGUUUCUGCAGCCAAAGGUGUGCCUCAGCAAAUAGCCGAACGCUACAUCAUGCGAGAGGUACUAAAGUCACUAACACGGAUAGUGAAACUUCCACCUUUCUUGAAACGCCAGCAAGAAUUAAUUUUGGGUAAACGAGGAGAGCAGCACCAAUCGCGUGUGUUGGGUGCACCUUUGCCACGCCCUGUGCUCGAAAACUGCAUAAAGGUGCUAAUAGAAGACACAGUAGGUCAUGUAGCAUUAGUUAGUGAGUACCUGAGGGCCCGGCUUAAUGGAAUCAUUGUGCACAGUGCCCAGUACCGAAGGCCAGACAAGACUUGCUCUGAGUACCUUGAAGCCAGUGACGGCAAGCUUUGUAGAGUACUCAGAGUGUUUGCAGUGGAGGCUAGUGUCCUGUUGCUGUGCCAGGAAUUCAUUUGUGGAGAGAGUUUAAUGCCUUUUUUGUGUGAAAUUGAGCAUCCCCCUACCAAUGUUGGUCUGUGCUUGCUUCGUGUAGAAGACAUUGCUUCACCGUGUGUGUUGGUGGAGCGAACCAAUAGGUUUUUUCUUGCAAAAAUUCCAAAUCUUUAUGAAAAAGAUUAA